AAACUUAACCAACACCCAGCCUGGAGCUCCAGACCCAGGGCCCUUCCCGGUCCCUCUCACCCGGGAAGGGCCUCUGUCCCUGGGCCUAAUCUCAACCAGUACCCAGCCUACCAAUCCUCCAGCCUGGAGCUCCAAGAUGGCAUUUUGCUAUUUAGGAAGAUUUGCCAAUGGACCCAGAUGGCAAUGGUCUUCACAGAACUCAGUUCCUAUAAACCUGCGGAAGGGGUUUUUUGGUGUAAGGCCCCAGGAUCCCUCCAGACCCUUGUAUCUUCCUGGGCUACCCCUGUUACAUCCCUAUCCACCCCAUGCUGGGGCCAAAUCCUAUUCAAAGGGAUACCUGGAUGGCAAGUCAAAGUACUCUGCCAUUUAGGACAAUUCCGGGAUGAUCCCAGAUGGCAGCUUACGUAACUGCCAUUCGGGAUGAUUCACAGAUGAUCUCAAUUGACAGGUCGUUAAGGAUUUGCUAUUUAGGAUCAUUCACUGAUGGUCUCAAGUGGCAGGGACUAUCUCAAAAGGAAAAACCUGUUAGCUCAGUCUGCCAUCUCACAGCAUUUGUCAAUGCUCUGAGAUGGCAACCCCCUGCUUUUGAUCGAAGGAAACCCCGUAGCAUGCACCCCAUGCUUGUGAGGGUGAGAAACCCCAAUUAAGCACGUGCUUUUGAUCGAAGGUAACCCCGUAUUAGCAUCAUUCACUGAUGGUCCCACGUGGCAGGGACUAUUGGAAAAACCUGGUAGCUCAGUCUGCCAUCUCAGAGCAUUGACAAAUACUCCCAAGUGGCAACCCCCUGCUUUUGAUCGAAGGAAACCCCGUAGCAUGCACCCCAUGCUUGUGAGGGUGGUAAACCCCAAUUAAGCACCUGCUUUUGAUUGAAGGAAACCCCGUAGCGUGCACCCCAUGCUUUUGAGGGUGGGAAACCCCAAUUAAGCACCUGGGUGCUUAAGUGGCGCAACACCGGAGCAUUCAGCACAUGGUCUUCAACACUGAGACACGCUUGAAUAUAAAAUGACUCCGCCAAAAUCCCCGGGAAUUUGCCCAAUAUGCCAAAUCCCGUACAACUACUUAGGCAAACAUCUGGCGAGCCGGCACUCCAUCCUGAAUAAAAAAGAAAAAAGAAUUUUGAUUAACUAUGGGACAGGGAGGGUAAAUUUCCGCCACUUGCCCUGUCCCAUUGUGGCAUGUGGCUAUUCAAAGAGCAGGGUAGAUAGGCACCUGGACACAGGCCAUCCCGAGGUGGACGAUGGAGAACUCCAGAAAAUUAUUAAAAAAAUUAAAAAACAGGUGACCAUGGAUGCCUUAAGGGCCCUCAGGGCUACUGACCCCACCCCUCCUCUGGUCUCAGGCCUGGACCUCGGACAGGAGGAAAAUCAGCCAGGAACUGAGGUGUCCAAGCCGGAUCCUCCAACCUGCCCCAGCUGCUCUAAAAUGGCAGAAGAAAACAGGAGGCUUUGGAAGCAGCUUCGGACAAAGGAGAAGUGGCUAAAAAAGGCAAAAGCUAAACUCCACGCAUUUGAAACGGCCCUCCAAAAGACGAGCGGUGGGGGGCCUGUCGAGGCAGACCAGGGGUCAUCCGAACAAGUGGACCCCCCAGAAGAUGAGGAUGAAGACUCAUCCUCUGAGGAGCCAAAGAAGGCUGCAAAAUCGCGAUUCCCAUUGAGGGGAUUCAAAGAUUUUCCUCAACCCAUCCUGGAGUUCAUGGAGGAGUACUGGUUACACUUGAGGGGGUCCAUCGGGACCAAAAAACACGUGGAAAACCAGAAGUCCAAAUUGGGACGGGUAAUGUCCUUCCUUAGAUUUGUGAACAAGGGAAGGACAAUACUCCCCAAUUGGACUUUUCUGCAGGACCUUGAUCGAGUUCAUCAGUGGCCGGCGAAGCUCCUCAGAGAGGGGAAGGCAGAAAACACCACUAGGAAUUACCUCCUGAAUGUGAUGGAGUUCGCGGGCUACUUUCGGGACACGCCACCAAGCACCUCGCGUGUCCCGAAAAAGGCAGUGAUUGGCCUCCUAAGAGCAGUGUCCGCUGAUAUUAAAGAGCUUAAGAAAUGGGUCAACGUCCGCCAGAUAAUGGUCAAAAAGCACAAGAUCAGAAGGGUGAUUGCCAAGGAGGACCUCAGGAGGUGUCAGAGGCAGGCGUGCAGGAAAAUCCCCCAACUGCUCGACACCAUCCAGACUGACCCCAGCUCACUCAACAUACGCCGGUUCUAUGGCUACUUUGGCGUAUACCUCGCCAGUAUAUAUGGCCAUAGAACCGGCGUGUUGACCAAUAUGACCCUGGCCGAAGUGGACGAGGCGCGGGUUGACGCCAGGACCGCAGACCAGGGCUUUGUCAUUAACGUGAAAGAGCACAAGACAAAUCGGGCUUUUGGGCCAGCCCAAGUGUACCUCACAGUGGAGGAGUUUGGAUGGCUGGAGCAGUGGCUCCAAAUAAGGGAAACCCUUCAGCCAUCCACUGACCUGGUAUUUUUCAACGAGAACUACCAGAAGAUCAAGAACCUACAACAACACCUCCAGAGCGCAUGGGCAGAAAUGGGGUUAUCAGGUUCCCCCACAUUUACAGAUUUUAGGACCUCGAUAGCAACAUAUGCUAGAGAUGCAUUGUCCCCGGGAACCCGGACAAAGGUCAGCAAAACGAUGUGCCAUGACACCGCCACAGCGGAGAAAUUCUACGCAAUGCACCAGACAGCUACACAGCUGUCUGAGCUGCGUAAGAGGUUCCAGGAGGCUACGGACCCGGCAGUCUCAGGUCCCGGGAAAGUGGCGGAGCCUGUCAUCCUGGAGUCUUCCAGCGAUGAGGGAGAAGGCGAGGGUCCUGUGAAGAAGAAGAGGAGAGUAGCACCCAGGGUUGGUUCCACAAGCCAGGAGUCCCCAGAGGCCAGGGCAGAGUCCACGGAGGCCCAGGCAGAGUCCACGGAGGCCCAGGCAGAGUCCACGGAGGCCCAGGCAGAGUCCCCAGAGUCCCAGGCAGAGUCCCAGGAUGAGUCCCAGGACGAGUCCCAGGACACACAGAGGAAAAGGGGCCGACAAAGUCUGUCAUUCACACCAAAAAGAAGCCCCUUAAUGCUAUACAGGUUGCGGGAGCGACAGCGGCGGAGCACACCGCGUGUGUUUCGCCUGAGGGCCAGACAAAGAAAGUUCCAAUAGUUAUUUAUUUAUUGUUCUUUGUAAUAUAGUUAUUUAAUUAUUGAUAA